AUGUGGGUCUUUGUUGUGUCCUCAAGUUCCUCGGCCCAGCUGCCGAAAGCAGCCAGGCCUUGGAAAAAGCAUAGGACUUCGAGGAAGAUCAGUCACCUCCUCGAGGAGUCUCUUCCAGGCAAGGCAAGGGAUGAAUUCGUGGAAUGGGAAGGAGGCCCGACCUCCUCAUCCAGCUCCCAGAGCCACCAAGGGCUCUGGGCCCCGGCAACAGGCAGGCCUGGCGGGGCGAAGGUUCUUGUGAGGCGCGGCAGCGCACGGAGCCAGGCCGAGCGCCACGGCCACGGCCCCGGCGAACCGGCGGGAGCGGAUCGCGGCCGGAGAAGAAGGACGGAGGCGGAGGGGCCAUUUCAGCGUCUUACCGGGUACGGACGCUCCACAGGGAAACGAAAUGUUCAGGAAUCUGCCUCCGGCGAUGGGGGACGGCUUGCUUCCUUCCCUCCCUCCGCGUGUGACGGAGCGGACGCUGCCCGCCGGCAGCUCCCCGGGGCGGGGCUGGGCGGGGCGCGGUGCCGCUCCAUCUCUCGCGACGCAGCGCUCGCCGCCCGCUCGGGUGCCAUUCCCCGCCUCGGCGCUGCAGCGCUCCCGCGGCCGCCGCCUUUGAGCGGGGCGGGAGAAGGAGCCCCGAUUUCCCGGGAAGCAGAGCCGUCGGUGAGGAUCUCUGCUUCUUCUUCGGCAGACGUCCCGUCUCCAGAGAGGCGGCAAAGCAGGCCGACGAUGGACCGCGAUGGGCCGGACGCCGCUCGGCAGGAGGCAGAGGUGGAGCGUGGCCGCUACCUGAGCCGCCGGGCCGUGGCCCAGGGGCAGCUUGCGCAAAUAAAGGAGCACAAGGACCAAGCAGAUCUGGCUAAGCUGGAAAAGAGAAGAGAAGGGGAACAAAUACAGAGAUCAAGCCAAUUGUACCAACUGGAAGUUCAGAGAGAUAAAGAAAAGGAACAGGAGAAAAAAGUUGAAUUCCAGAGGCAGCAUCAUGAAUACAUAGCUGAACAGAAAAUAUUUAAAGCUGAAGACAAACAAAAAGAAGACAAAGAUGAUGAUCGGAUUAAGGCUUAUAUUAAAGGAAAAGAAAUGAUGGCUGAUCUGACAAGAGAAAAAAAUGCAGAGACUAACAGGAUGAUAGAGAAGCAUAAGGACAAAGCUUUUGAACAAUUAACUGCACAGAUGAAUGAGAAAUUUAAGAUUGAAGAUGAUCGUCUUGCUAGAGGAGCUGCAGAGGUAGAAGUUGAGUACCAAAUGCAAAACAAAGAGAAAGAAAUUAAAAAAAAGGCUGCUCUUGAAUCUAUUGAAGAAAACAGAGUCACCGUGAUGAAGUUGAAAGAGGAAAAGGAGAGACAGGAGAAAGAAGAGGAUGAGAAGGAUCGUCAUCAGUGGAUGACAGAAAACAACAUCUACCUGGAAAUGGAAAAAGCCAAGAAACAAAGACAGCGUGAUGCAAACAUGGAAGUACAGAAAUUUCAGCUCCAGCAAAUGGCUGAAAAGCAGGCAAGAAAAGAGCAGGAAAAACAAGCAGACUUGGCCUGCAAUGCUCAGAGAGAGGCUGCUUUUCAUCAGGAUCAAGCAUUUCGGAGAUAAAAGACAGUGAGUAACUGAAUCAGUGCCAUUACUGGAUGUAACUACUAUUCUCUACAAACAUUCAAGGAAGGAACAAGAUGUGGGCUUCCUAAUUAGGACAACUGCAAGAAUGGUGGAGUGGAUAAUCUGCAGUAUUAAAAACAGUAAAAAUUGGGGGGUGGGUGGGUAAAGAUGGUUGAUGCAAUGCCUUCCUGCCUUGUACUUGAGGCCCCAGCUUGCUCAGGACCAAGAAAACACUUGGCAUUUUGCCAUGACUUUUAGAGCCUGCUUUGGCCCUCAAAGCUCUGCCGGAGGUCAGGGCCAAGAACUCUCCUCAGGGCCAGCACAGACUGUUAUUGUCUUGGUCAUUCCUGCUGUGGUCUGCGCUGCUGCAUUCUUUUUGGAUAGAAGAACAUGGCUGGGUGGAGCUGACUGACUCUAUACCCAUGUCAAUUAGCAUGGCCCAUUAUUCUGUAACAUGAACCAAAGCACAGUAAGUAGAAACAAUGAAGACUUCUUUCAAAACCUCACUUCUCACCUAAUGUAAGAGACUGACAUUGCUGCACUAUCAACUAAAAGUCACACAGAGUUCUCUCCAAUUAUCUUGGAGUAGUUAAUUUUAAAAAUUACAUAUUACAAAAAGAGACAUGGCAAUUAACUUGUGAAAUUGCCCCUCAGUACUUUUUUCGUUCAUUCACUAACGAAAAGUUUAUUUCCCUUCUCUCUGAGCCAGUGCUCAUUUUAUUACAUCCAGCUUUUUUUCAGCAAGCAGAAAGAAUGGAAACUUUCAGAAAAGCCUUUUGAUGGCAGAAGCUGGAGCCUUAAGAAGUAUUGACUACAGCAGGAGUGGUGCUGAAACCUGCAGAGCUCGAUAAUGCUCCAAAUGCAUCCCUAAGUGCAAAUUUGCAUAUGCUCACUACUAUGAAAUUGGUGAGUUAAAUGGGUUUCUAGUCUACUUCCACAGCAGCAAGAAACAAGAUGGAUUGCAGCCUCAUUUCCUACUCAGCUUCCAGAAAUGUCCUUUUCUGCAGAUUACUUAUGUCUGCGUUUGAAGUCUACAGCCUGCUUCCAUCACACUUCUACUCCUUUUACUUUGAACAUCUACAGAAAACCCAGUACCAGAAAACAACUCUUUAUUUCAGUACAUCUAGAAUAAAGUGGAAAUUCCGUAUAAUUUUAAAGCAUGUUGGCUAAAUAUAGAUUUAGUUACCCAAAUUCAGCAUGAAAAAAAUCCAGCAGCAGUCAUGAUCUCAAUUUAUUCUGUUGACUCUGAGAUGCACAUGCUUUGUAUGUUUGUUUUAAAUAACUAAUUCUAGUUAGUAAUUUUCUGUAAAACUGCUGUAAAGCAUAGUAUAAUGACACUAGAUCAGAAUGGCUAGAGGUGGUGGAAUGUUGCUGGUAAAAGGGUCCUGUGUAAGGCAGGAGGCUGGUCCAGCUGCCAUUUACAGAUAGGGAGCUUAAAAUACAGAGAGAUGAACUGCAGCUGAUAAGAAAGGAAAUUGUUGACCUGGAAGAAUCUACUCAUUGAGAGGUACCUCUCAUUUAAUGCCUAGGGUCACUCUUGUUUGAGUUAAUAGCUGGAGUCAUCAUUCCCAAAGUUAUUUAGAUGUGCACAUGGUGCUUAGGGACAUGGAUUAGCUAGCAUUGGACUUCAGUACUGGGUUAACAGCUGAACUUGAUCUUAAAGAUCUCCUCCAAUCUAAAUUAUUCUAUAAAGUUUUAAUUAAUAGCUAGCAAAUCAGAAAAUGCUUUGAGAAAUAAUUUGACUAGUAAACUUUAAUUAUUGGUUUUGCUCAAAAAAGCAUCCUCUCAGAUAUUGUUCUGCUUCAGGACAUUGCAGCAGGUGAGAAUCAUAAUAGGUAUUAGCCUUAUUAGAAGACCAAGACUUUAGAAAUGCAAGGCAACCCUCAGAGGGACUGAAAUGGAGACCUUAAAUCCAACUGCAUUUUUUCCACACUUGUGAUCCAAUUCUGGAAAUACAACAGCAAUUUUAGUUUGAACAUGUGGGCCUUCAGUGUGUAACAUGGUACUCUCCCAACAGUAUGUCAACUCACACCUGUGUGGUGGUACACAUGUAAGAGAGUACUGUUCUCAGGGAUCUAACACAACUCCUACCUAGGAAAUGGAAGAGAACAGCUCUCUAAAAUGCCUUAUAUCCUAAGGGAAUUUGAAUUAAAUAACUGUGCAGCUCUUUACUGUUAGGUAGUGUACCAGGUUGGAGUUACUAGAUCUGUGCAAGUUCUUUUAGCAUGAGUCUUUGCUACUAAUUAGCUCUGAAGAAGUUUGAAGAGGAUACAUACCUGGAAACAAAUGGCCCAUGAACAGAAGACCUGGCACCAUGGGACUGUUAAGGAUGAACAUUUUGACAUCCCAAUACAGACUUGCUCUAUACUUCUGAAAAAGAAAAAAAUUUUUUUCAAAGCUUCCUUGUCAUGUUAGGUCAACUCUGUUUCAACAGCUAAAUUCUUUCAAAUGUCUGUUAUUAACUUAGGCCUUCUUGUUAUCUCUUGAAUGGAAGAGUGCUGUAUCUAGUCUGUAAUCUUCCUCCUUGUUCUGGCAGUGCAUCCUUGUUUCUGAUACUGAUCUUCCUUCCUGUUCUGGCAGUGUAUUUUUGAGAGACAGAACAUUUACUACCUCUAAAUAGCAUGCAAAAAUCCCCAUAAUCAGUGAAGGCUAAAAUGGUAGAGGGAAGUGAGAUUAGAAAAGACCAUAUGAGAUGUUUUCUUUGGAAUUAUCUUAAUUUCUUUCUGUUUAGAAUAAAUUGUGGUAUAGGCUUUGUUAAGCUUGUAAUGUGUGGAGUCAUUGCAUUCAUACUACUGCACUCCCACCACUGGAACGUAAAUUUCUUUUUGUUUUGGUAUAUCGUGGCUUUGCUAUUACUAGAUAUUGAAGUGAAUAUGUGAAUGAUUCAAAUCUGGCCUCUAAUCUGGUAAACCAGUCUCUAGCAAGCAGUCUUAAAGCAGAGCUGUUUGUAGCUUGCUGACACUAUUUUGUAUAAAACAGCAUGGCACUUUGUUCUUCUGUGGAUUGCCUCAGCUCCAAUACAUUAUCCAGAGGAAUUAAUAAUUCUGUUGGGUACUGAAGGGCUUGAACAUCAGAAGUGCAGGUCCAGGAAAAUUCAACACUGCAUCUCUGUUAACAUAGUAAUUGCACACCCCACCCCCCUGCCCCCAGUGAGUAGUAUCUGGUCUGACUCCUUUUCUGUGUAAAAGGAAAAUCGGUAAAGAUUAGAAAGAAAAAGUAGCAUGUACUGAAAAUAAAUGUGUGUUACUGAGCAGACCAAGAAAAAUCCAACAACUGGCACAGUUGACAAGAGCAAAGUUUGGGACUAUCUUUGGUAAAGCUUUUAAGUAUUUCUGCAUUAGUUUCAGCUACACUCUAUCAGUGCAUAUACAAUUAAUAGAAGCUAAUAAUUAUACACUUAAACGGUUUCUUUUUUUCCCUUGGAAAUGCCUUUUACCAUUAGAGAAGCAUCUAUAAAGGAGUAAGAAGCUAGCCACUCUCUCCUUCAAAGUUCUGUGUGGCUGCAACACCAAUGAGUGCCUAACAGCAGAAGCUAACUGUGGAGCAAGUUACAAGACAUGCUAUUUGCUAGAACCCGCCUAUAACUCAAGCUCAAUAAACAAGUGCCAUAGCUUGCAACUGUACUGUAACUAAUUUUAUUAUGGAACAAAGCAGUAGAUUCUUUUCAGAAAGUCAAGAGGUAACAACCAAAGGUAAACUAUCAGUUCAUCUGUACUGUACUCCUUGAAUAUUGCUGGGCCUCCAGGCUUAACUCAAACCUUCUGUUUUGACUUGAAAAAAAAAAAUCUUACUGAGCAAAUAAAAUUGGGUACAUCUGUCUCAAUAAAAUCCAUGUUGACCAUA